CGUACAAAGUUUCAACCCCAUUUCUCUACACUUCAUAAGUCGCGUUGGGGUUGAAAACUUGAAAUACAUCUCUUCUUGCUUAUGAACAUCGAGCACAAAUCUGACUAAUUCAAGGGAAACGGGAAGUUGGAUCUUCAUACAUCUGUAGUAUAUGAUUAGGCAUUAUUAGUUGGAAGUCUGGACUUGUCGCAUUUUUGUUAUGAAACAUAUUUUUGCUAGAAGUCGACAGGAUAAAAAUGAAUUUACAAGCUCUAAUGGCAGGACAGUACCCGAGGCAGGUUACCAGUCAGGCUGGGACUUCAAUGUCUGCCAUGCCACAACAACAGAAUAUGAUGCAGAACUCUGAAGGUCCCCAUGCUUUACUUAAUAUGGAGUCUGCACGGCAGUUUAUACGAGAUAAGAUAUUUAAUUACAUCAUGCUGCGACAAACUCGGGAGAUGCCCCCAAAGGUCAUGGAUAUUGCUAGACGCUUGGAAGAAGGCUUAUUCAAAAUUGCUGCAACAAAGGAGGACUAUUUAAAUUUAGACACAUUGGAAAGUCGUUUACAUGCUCUGAUCAAACGUCCUCCCCAGAAUCAACGAUAUCAGCAACAAAAUAGUGCUAAUGUUGCAAUGGGACGAAUGAUUCCAACUCCUGGAAGUAAUUUAAUGGCUCCAUCAUCUGCUAAUCAUGGUAAUAGCAUGAUGUCAUCAGUUGUCAACCAAGGAAGCGUUUCUAUGAAUACCCUUGGGUCUUCCAGAAGCAUGCACACUGAUGGUGGAAUUUCAUCAACAGGUGGACAAAGAAUGAUGCCUACUCCUGGAUUUAAUAACAGCACAAGUAACCAAUCAUAUGUGAAACUAGAGUCAUCUAAUAAUGUCUCUGGGAUUUCGAGUGUUGACUCAACAAUGGUAUCUCAGCCAUUGCAACAGAAGCAUAUGGGUGGGGGGAUCAGGUCUACUUUGACUCAAAAAUCUUAUGGGUCAUCAAAUGGUAAUUUAGGGAUGAUGGGUAAUAGUUUCGGAAACUCUGAAGGAUUUUUGACAGAUCCUCAUUAUGGAAACUCUCCCAAACCAGUGCCACAAUAUUUUGAUCAACAAGGACAUAUCUCUCAGGGUGAGGGAUCAGGAAAUUUAUUCAUCCCCACAACCUCUGGUACAUCACCGAUGAACACAAACUCAGUAAACUUAUCAACAUUACAAAGAACAAGCUAUCCCUCGUUGGUCAAGCAGUCAUACUUGCACAAUUCUGGUCGGCCUGCAAGCAUGAAAUCAGAAGAGAUGGACUUGCGGUCUCAGCAACAUCAACUUCGAUCUCAAAGGCAACAGAAUCAACAAUUACCAUAUAGGCAGUCUCAGGUGACAUUAAUAAAAUCUGAGCCACAAGUGUAUGAACAUGUCCAGUCAUCCAGAGGUAGUCAAUUACAUGGCUCUCAAGAUACGUUUUUAUCAAUUCCAGAGACUUCAGAGCAGCAGCCUCACUUUGGUGAUGACACUCGAAAUACUAUUACUGGUCAACCCGUGGCAGUACUUCAGGGUAAAUGGCCUUCUUCAAAAUUGCAAGAAGCAUCACAUCAUUUAGGUAACUCAUCAAAUGAGAUGAAAAUUCAGAGGAAUAAUUUAUCUACAGAAGCAUCAAUAGCUACCAAAAGACCUGACAGUCAGUUGCAGUUCAGAAAUCAACAAAGAUGGCUUUUGUUCUUACGACAUGCUCGUAAAUGUGUUUAUCCACCUGGAAGUUGCCCUGAAUCCCAUUGUAUACUUGUUCAAAAACUCUGGAAACAUAUGAUGUCAUGCAUGGAUGUAACUCAAUGUCAAUAUCCUCGCUGCCAUAGGUCAAAGAAAUUACUAAAUCAUCACAAGUACUGCAAGGACCAAAGCUGUCCUGUGUGUGUUCCUGUAAAUGAUUUCGUUCAAAGGACAGGAGUCCACCUUAAGAAUAGCUCACAGUUGGGCGAUGAAUCCCGUGAUCAUACUUCAGAAGAUUCUCAUCUUUCCAUGAAACGCGCCAAGAUUGAGCAGCCACCAGCUGCUCAUACCGAAAACCAAAACUCCAUCACACCAGGUUCCAUUACUGCUACAUCUGAGGAUCAUGACACCUGUAAAUAUGAGGCCACUGGAGUGAAGCUAGAAGUUCCUUCAAGUUGUAUGCAAGAACUUUCUAACAAGAUUGAGGUGAAUGAUGAUGGUGUUUCAAAGACAGAGAAAGAGGUGGCACUUGUUGAUGAUACGUUCAAAUCCGGGAAGCCAAAAAUAAAGGGAGUAUCAAUGAUUGAAUUGUUCACACCAGAGCAGGUUCGAGAACAUAUAACUGGUCUCAGGCAGUGGGUCGGCCAGAGUAAAGCCAAGGUAGAAAAGAAUCAAGCAAUGGAGAAUUUAAUGAAUGAGAACUCUUGUCAGUUAUGCGCAGUUGAAAAACUUAAUUUUGAACCACCACCUAUAUAUUGCUCACCCUGUGGUGCUCGCAUUAAGAGAAAUGCAAUGUUUUACACAUGGGGGAGCGGUGAUACACGUCAUUUUAUCUGUAUUCCUUGUUAUAAUGAGUCUCGUGGGGACACCAUAAGUUUUGAUGGAACUAAUAUUUUGAAGGCAAAACUAGAGAAAAAGAAAAAUGACGAGGAGACUGAAGAACCGUGGGUUCAAUGUGACAAAUGUGAAGCGUGGCAACAUCAAGUCUGUGCAUUAUUUAACAGUCGUAGAAAUGACGGGGGACAAGCGGAGUACACUUGCCCUAAUUGCUACAUGGAAGAGGUUGAAAACGGAGAGCGGGUCCCCUUACCACAGAGUGCUCUUCUUGGAGCAAAAGAUUUACCCCGAACCAUUCUGAGUGAUCAUAUAGAGAACCGAUUAUUUAAGCGGCUGAGGCAGGAAAGAUUAGAUAGGGCAAGGUUCUAUGGGAAAAGCUAUGAUGAGGUUCCUGGAGCGGAAUCGCUUGUUGUUAGAGUAGUCUCAUCUGUGGACAAAAAGUUGGAAGUCAAGCAGCGAUUCCUUGAGAUCUUUCAAGAGGAAAAUUACCCGUCGGAGUUUGCUUAUAAAUCCAAAGUUGUUUUGUUGUUUCAGAAAAUCGAAGGGGUAGAAGUAUGUCUUUUUGGUAUGUAUGUUCAAGAAUUUGGAGCAGAAUGUCAGCAGCCAAAUCACCGUCGUGUUUAUCUCUCGUAUUUGGAUUCAGUCAAGUAUUUUAGGCCCGAGAUAAGAACAGUGACAGGAGAAGCUCUGCGUACAUUUGUAUAUCAUGAAAUUCUGAUUGGUUACCUAGAAUAUUGCAAGUUACGUGGGUUCACAAGCUGUUAUAUAUGGGCAUGCCCUCCCUUGAAGGGUGAAGAUUAUAUCCUGUAUUGUCAUCCCGAAAUUCAAAAGACACCAAAGUCAGAUAAACUGAGAGAAUGGUAUUUAUUGAUGUUGAGAAAGGCCUCAAAGGAAAAUAUUGUAGUGGAGCUGACUAAUUUAUAUGACCAUUUUUUUGUCCAAUCUGGUGAAUGUAAAGCUAAGGUGACUGCAGCUCGAUUGCCAUAUUUUGAUGGUGACUAUUGGCCUGGUGCUGCUGAGGAUAUAAUCCAUCAACUUCAGCAAGAAGAGGAAGGAAGAAAACAUAAUAAUAAUAAUAAUAAUAGGAAAGGGUCAACGAAACGGACUGUAACAAAAAGAGCUCUCAAAGCUUCUGGUCAAACUGAUCUUUCUUCCAAUGCUUCUAAAGAUGUGCUACUCAUGCAUAGGCUUGGUGAAACAAUAUCCUCAAUGAAGGAAGAUUUCAUUAUGGUUCACUUGCAGCAUGCAUGCACUCAUUGCUGUCUCUUAAUGGUCUCUGGAAAACGCUGGGUCUGCAACACUUGCAAAAAUUUUCAGCUUUGCAACAGUUGUUAUGAAGUUGAACAAAAUCUUGAAGACAGGGAGAGACAUCCCGUAAACCAAAGGGUGAAACAUCCACUUUAUCCUAAAGAAAUCAAUGAUGUGCCUAUAGAAACGAAAGAUAAAGAUGAAAUUCUCGAGAGUGAAUUUUUCGAUACGAGACAAGCUUUUCUGAGCCUUUGCCAAGGAAAUCAUUAUCAAUAUGAUACACUAAGACGUGCAAAACAUUCAUCAAUGAUGGCAUUGUAUCAUCUUCACAACCCCACGGCUCCUGCAUUUGUGAUAAAUUGCAUUGUUUGUCGUCUUGAUAUUGAAACAGGCCAAGGAUGGCGGUGUGAGACCUGCCCCGAUUAUGACAUAUGCAAUGCUUGCUAUCUCAAAGACAGAGGAAUUAAUCAUCCUCACAAGUUGACUCACCACCAGUCGGUUGCUGAGCGUGAUGCACAAAGCAAAGAAGCUCGACAACAACGGGUCUUACAGCUACGAAAGAUGCUUGAUCUUCUGGUACAUGCAUCUCAGUGUAGAUCGGCGCCGUGCCAGUAUCCAAAUUGUACAAAGGUGAGGGGACUCUUCAGACAUGGAAGGCAAUGCAAAGUGCGUGCGUCUGGUGGUUGUGCUCUUUGCAAGAAAAUGUGGCAUCUCCUUCAACUUCAUGCCCGCGCUUGUAAAGACACCCCGUGCACUGUCCCCCGUUGCAGAGAUCUCCGGGAACAUUUGAGAAGGCUGAACCAGCAGGCUGAUAGUCGGCGGAGGGCGGCAGUUAUGGAGAUGAUGAGGCAGCGUGCCGCAGAGGUUGCGGGCGGCCGUGGAUGAUGACAUCAAACUGUAAAUAUGCAACAUCUUGUGUACAGUUACAGUUUUGAUUGCACUAGUUGUAUUUUCAAGUAUAUUUUUUGGAAUGGAGCUACCAGAGCAGCAACAGUAGCAGGAGCAGGAGGAACAUAGGCAUAGAAAAAAAUACAGACUAUAUGUAGGUUUGACCUACUUAGGUUAACAGCUCAUGGAGAUUGAAAAACAUCAAACAUAGGGAGAAAUUUUGGGAUUUUCUUUAAAUUAUAUUGGUUUUUUGGUACGAGGUUACACAUU